CACAAUGGUACAUCCAGCAUCCUGCAGCACAAUGGUCGCAAGAGGACGGCGGACUGUGUGAUUCAGCAUCGCCUUUCGGCCACCUCUCUCUCCUCUUGUUUUGUAAUUUAAUCUUAGUUUUUUAUUAAUCUGUCCAUUUUUUACGCAUCAUCGUGGUGUUGAUCCAUGUAGCCCGAUGGGGAUGUUGUGAAAAAGAGUGUGAGAGAGAGAGAGAGUGAGAGAGAGAGAAAGAGAAAGAGAGCGAGAGAGAGGACCGGAAUCAGCUGGCGCGGAAUGGUAUUUAUGAACAGACAUUUCUUAUACAACUGCAGUGCACCAAUCCUGGAUGUGAAGAUUGCCUUUUGUCAGGUGUGUGUUCCAUACAGGUAAAAUAAAAGGGUUUUGGUAAACAAGUUGAUGUGUCUUACAUCGCCAAGCAUUACAACAUGAGCAAGAGCAAAGUGGACAACCAGUUCUACAGCGUGGAAGUCGGAGACUCCACCUUCACGGUUCUGAAACGGUACCAGAACCUCAAGCCCAUUGGUUCUGGGGCUCAGGGAAUAGUGUGUGCUGGAUAUGAUGCUGUCCUGGACAGAAAUGUGGCUAUAAAGAAGCUCAGCAGACCUUUCCAGAACCAGACCCACGCUAAGCGCGCGUACAGGGAGCUGGUGCUCAUGAAGUGCGUCAACCACAAAAACAUCAUCAGCUUAUUAAACGUUUUCACACCACAGAAAUCUUUAGAGGAAUUCCAGGAUGUGUACCUGGUAAUGGAGCUGAUGGAUGCUAACCUGUGCCAGGUGAUUCAGAUGGAGCUGGACCACGAGAGGAUGUCCUACCUGCUCUACCAGAUGCUCUGCGGCAUCAAACACUUACACUCAGCCGGCAUCAUCCACAGGGAUUUGAAACCUAGCAAUAUUGUGGUGAAGUCGGACUGCACGCUGAAGAUUCUGGACUUUGGGUUGGCAAGGACCGCCGGGACUAGCUUCAUGAUGACCCCAUAUGUGGUGACGCGGUACUACAGAGCCCCAGAGGUCAUCCUGGGCAUGGGGUAUAAAGAGAACGUGGAUAUUUGGUCAGUCGGUUGCAUUAUGGGUGAAAUGGUGCGCCACAAAAUCCUCUUCCCUGGCCGAGACUACAUUGAUCAGUGGAAUAAGGUGAUUGAGCAGCUCGGCACGCCAUCACCCGAGUUCAUGAAGAAGCUCCAGCCCACAGUGAGGAACUACGUAGAGAACCGACCUAAAUACGCCGGCCUCACUUUCCCUAAGCUGUUCCCUGACUGCUUGUUCCCUGCAGACUCCGAGCACAACAAACUUAAAGCGAGUCAGGCCAGAGAUCUUCUUUCUAAAAUGCUGAUCAUCGAUCCUGCGAAGCGGAUAUCGGUGGAUGAGGCUCUGCAGCACCCCUACAUCAACGUGUGGUACGAUCCGUCUGAGGUGGAGGCGGCCAAAGAUCUUCAGAUAUCCAUGCCUCCUCCUCAGAUCUACGACAAGCAGCUGGAUGAGAGAGAACACUCCAUCGAAGAGUGGAAAGAGCUGAUCUAUAAAGAAGUGAUGAACUUUGAGGAGCGAACGAAGAACGGCGUGGUGAAGGGACAGCCUUCUCCUUCAGGUGCAGCCGUGAACAGCAGCGAAAGCCUCCCACCGUCCUCGUCCGUCAACGACAUCUCGUCCAUGAGCACCGACCAGACCCUGGCCUCCGACACGGACAGCAGCCUGGAGACCUCGGCCGGGCCGCUCGGCUGCUGCAGGUGACUAACCGCCUGCCUGCGCAACCCCGCCUUCUUUAGGAGGUGAUCCGAAUGAUUCGCGAAAAAGAGAAAAAACCCACCUAUCUGACACCUAUCCGAUCCACUACUCUCUCUGCAAAAAGAAGCUCCGAUAUUCUCAUUGUAAUCCGCAGAUCGGAUUCGAUUUAACGAUAAAUUUAGGAAUAACUUCACAGGAAUUUCCUGUCAGUCAUAAAGCCUGCAUUAUUCUUCAAAGCAAAAUGGAACAAAGAAAAAAAAAUAAAACGAUGUAUGUGUAUGUUUAUGAAUCCCUCACUAGUUGCUUUGCUUUAUUCUCCCUUCAUAUGGAAAAAAUGAUGAUAAUAAUAAUAAUUAUAAUAAUGUAAUGCUUACCGAGGCAUCUCUGUGAAGUGUGCGUUAUUCCGUGACCCUGGAUGAUCCCGAGUAAACCGCAAGCUUUCUGUGCUCCUUCAGUCCAUGUGGCAAGGUGGGCUUUUGUGUUUCUCGCUACUCCAAUAUAUAAAUAUAUAUAUAAAUAUAAAUAUAAAUAUCAUUUUCCCCCGUUAUACCACGGAUUCGUUUGCGCCGAACCUCUUUAACCAGCCGACUUUGACCCGAAGACGAUUUUCUGUUUUUUUCCCUCGGGUGUGAACAUAAAAAAUAACCCCGGAAUCUCUUGUAAAUAUGUAAUUCUGUACAGCUGCAAGGCACGAAUGGGACUGACGGCCAGUAUCGGGAGUUGUCUUGCGCACCUUGCCACAUCACCGCUUUCACCUUUAGUUGCCCUUUGCCUGUAGUCUUCUUGCAUGACCAGAGGUAAAACUAACUAAAUAAAUAAAUAAAACGCUGAAUAUGAGCAUAACCCAGUAUAUUUGUAUACCGUGUAAGAAAAUCCGAGAAAUCUGCUGGAAGCUGCGAGGGAAACGGAACGUGUGUACGCUGGCGUAUUUAGCGCUCGCGUGUGUGUCCUUGUGUUCUGCAGGAAGCCAUUGCAAGGGAACAAGUCACAAGUCCAUCGGGGUUGCCAGGACUGUAGUUUUUCCACCAGUGACGGCUAGUUUUACAGGUUUAAGAAUCAUUUCUGUUGUAGAUUUAUCACAAAUAUUACAGGGAAGAGAUACGUGUAGGAAAUGUGCACCUGGCAGCCCUGACCUCCAUCCUUAGUUUUUCCAUUAUGAUUUUUUUUUCACAGUUCAGGUGCAUCUACACGUCUUCACGUUUUCCUCCGAGCGUGUCGAGUGCCCUACAAGCAUGCACGGAUUCGGUCCACCUUACUCGCUGCUUUGCAUGUCUGACCUUGUCCCCUGACCUUCGACACCUCGGAUCGGUCCUCUUGCGGCUGUUGCAUGUUCAGGGAAAAGUCCUUUUUCUUUUCGUACUCCGGAACGAGCGGCGCGUCGACGAUACCUCUUAGCUUCCCAUUCGAAAUCGUUUCAUUUCAUCCUUCCUGAUGCACGUCCAUCCGAACAUCCAUCUUUUCCAUCUCGUCCGAACGGAAUCCCAAACGGACCUUACUACCUAAACUGAAAGAAGUGGGAUUUAUUUACUGAACGCAUGCGUUUGCCUGAAUUCGGGUAGUGCCUUUGAAAUAAUGCAGUUUCCUCUUAUUUAUCCAAAAUAAUUCCAAGAGCAGUGAAGCGAGCGUGGAGGCAGGUUCGGGGCGAGGUUGCACAGGCGGCGGCUCUGUGGCAUUUCUGAACACUGCAGGUAAUUCCGAGCUGUUGUCGUACGUUGGCGGUGCCUGGUUUGUCGGGUCUCUUCCUUCUUCUAACCUCUUUGUCUAAGUAUGCACAUAAUCACCAGAUCUGGAUAAAAAAAAAGAUCUCAUCUCCUUCCCUGUCCUGUGAAAAUAAAGAAAAAAGAAUGAACCCUGACAUAUAAUUGUUGCAUUUCUAAAUAAUGUAUUGUAAAUGAAACCUCAACCUUUACUCACGCGCCUGAUGUUUUUUGUUUUCUUUCUUUUCAGUUCUAGGUUAAUGAUAAGCCUUAUUCAAUAAAUGUCAUGAAGUACACAGUAAAAUAAUGGAUCAUAGAAUUUUUGGUUUUGUACCUGUACUUGUCUGAUUUGACCUGUGUACCGAAUCAUUUUAAUAAAGGAAUGAAACGCACAUUUUUUUGUUUGCUUAUAACCAUGGUUCAAAUGAUUAGAGAUGUUUAUGAUUCCUAAUAAUGUUCAUUUUUUUUCAGCUGUGUUUUCCUUUCACUGAAUUUUACAUAACUGUCAUGAAGUACACUCACAGGUCUCUUCAGACCCUGAUGGUGACAUCUCUACUUAAUUAAAAAUAAUUUGUGGCCAGCAAACCCUGUAAUGUGUGGGAAUGAGAUAAUUAUCUCAUAGCCCUGUCUAAUUAUAAAUAAAUCAUGGCCUCUACUUACUAAAGCAAGGAAAUGUGAUCAUUCAUUCAUAACCACCACUUAGUAAAAGAAAGGACACGAGAUCAUUAACUCGUACGAAAGUAAAGGAACGAGAUAAUUAUCUUUUAAAUUUGGCGUAGUGAUGCAGAAUAACGAGAUAAAUAAAACACUUAAUAGUGCAGGAAAAUGAGAUAAUUUAUUAACCACCAUUGCUUAGUAAAGUAAAGGAAAUGAGAUAAUUAACUCGUAACUAUGUCUUACUAAAGUAAGGAAACGAGAUAAUUAUAUUUUAUCCGUGGCUUAGUGAUGCAGAAGAAUGAGAUAAUUUAUUCAUAACCACUGCUUUGUAAAGUAAAGGAACAAGAUAAUUAUCUUUUAUCCAUGGCUUAGUGAUGUAAAAAACAAGAUAAUUAAAUCACUAGUUAAUAAUGCAAGAAAAUGAAAUAAUUAAGGCAUCACCAUUGCUUAGUAAAGUAGAGGAAAUGAGAUAAUUAAAUCAUAACUAUGAUUUACUAAAGUAAAGGAAAUGAGAUAAUUGUCUUUUAUCCGUGGCUUAGACGCAAAAGAUUGAGAUGAUUAAAUCGCUUAAUAAUGCAAGAAAAUGAGAUAAUUGAGUCGUCACCAUGGAUUUGUAAAGUACAGGAGUGAGAUGAUUUAAUCGUAGCAAUAACUUAUGUGAGAGGAUGAGAUAAAUAAAAGAUGGCCACUAUUUAGUAACACAAAGGAAGUUAUAGCCAUAACUUGACAGCAUAAGGAAAUGACAUCAUUAAGAAGAUCAAGUAAGAAGUCGCUAUGAACAUGUAACAUGACGGAGUGAUAUAACUAACUCAAAACUGAGAAUAAUUUGGGGAAAUUAGAUAAUUAGGUCAGCAAGAGAAUGAGUUAGGCCAUUGCUAUUACUUACAGUAGAAACUGGAGAGAAUGAGAUAAUGAGGACAUGGUCCCUACUUAGAACAUGAGAUAAUAAAAUAAUUAGGACAUGGCCACUACAGUAAACACAAGAGAAUGAGAUAAUUAGGACAUGGCCACCACUUAGUAACACGACAGAAUGAGAUAAUUAGGUCAUGGACACUACUUAGUGACAGAGGACAAUGAGAUAAUUAGGACAUAGCUAUUAUUUAGUAACAGUAAAUCACUGACAUAAUUAGGUCAAGGCUAUUACUAAGGUACUGCUACUUAGUAACAUGAAACAAUGAGAUAAUUAGGUCACUGAAGGAACAUGAAGGAACGAGAUAAUUAAGUAAUGUGAAUAAUAAGAUAAUUAAGUCGUAUCCAUGACAAAGUAACAUGAGGAAAUGAGAUAAUUUGAGUAACUAAGUCAGGAACUAAGACUCGGCAUUGAUGAAAUAAAAAAGAUGCUGAAAACUAGAACCCAAGAACCUGAACUCGAGACAGGAGGCAGAACACGAUCCGGACUGAGGUACAAAGAGCUAAACACAAACACUUGACGCUGAGGUGCUAACAAUCUGGACUGAAAGGCAGUGCAUGCUCGUUGUGUUGAGUCCUCGGUGUACACGUGGCGUUUAUUCAGGGUUCUACAGAAACCGCCGUACCACACGUAACUGCUGUAUGUGCAGAAAAUAAUAACACAGUGUACAUGUAAACUUCUCUAAACUACUGAACCAGACAAAUGGCAGCUUUCUUCCCUUUCCACGUGUGUAGCGGUUACUGCAAAACCCUGUAUACACGUGACAUGUGAACUUGCAUAACACAUGACCAGGUCAUCUUAUUCAAACUAAUAAAAAACGCUCUUGUUCUCACACAUCACUAAAUUGUUUUAAUUUAAAAGUGUUGAGAAGUCUGUUUCGGGGCUUUAAGAUUUAAAAUGAAUACAAACAUCACAUAUCAUAAUAUAUCACAUUUUGACAACAAUUUUAAUUGGGCCCAAUGUUGAACCCUGAGGAAUACCUAAGAUUUUUGUUUUUUUCUUCUUGUUGUUGUUGUUUCUCUUGUUUUUCUGUUUUUCUUGGUAAUGUGUGUGUGUAGAAAAAAAUGUAUUGUUAAUUCUGAAGAUAAAAACAAAUGUAGAGGCCAAACAAACAUCUGUAAUUGACUUAUUUCCGCAAUUUAUUUUUAUUUCUUAGACGUUUCUUAGCAGUACAAAACCGAGCGCUCGUUCCAGAAACUCAGCACUUUCAAGGAACCUCUCCAGACCUCUACAAGUGAAAUAACUGAGCAUUUUCCUUUAACGCCGUUCACACCAUCAUAUAUCUUUCUAUUUAUUUCUUUAGUGCGUGGCCAGUCAAAGAUGUGCAGCAUUCUGUUGUAAAUACUGAGAUUUCAAACACUGACCAUGAUACGAAGGUGCCGAUAUUUUGCUUUGGCUUUUUAUCCGACAAAUUACAUGAAUGAAAGUGAUCACACUGUGAAGGGUUCUGAGAGGUGUCCAGGCUAUAAAUGGAACACUUUUUCAACAGGGUGUACACACACACACACACACACACACAGUAUAGUAGUGUUUGUGUUUCAACUGUAACUCGUUGUAAACUGUUCUGUUGUGUAUUCAAUUUGAUUCGUUAGAUUAGGAUGAGACCAAUGUGGUACUUUUUCACCAUUCAUUUUUACCUCACACACACACACACACACACAUGUAUUAACACUGGGGUCAGAAACAGGGUUUUCCAAAUGUUCUAUAUAUUUCUCCUAAACCGUGCCACACAAAUAUAAUCUGAAGUUUUAUAAAAAACGAUUCAUUCGUACCAUGGGUCACGUGUCUGAGGCACACUGCUCCAAACAAACCAGACAAACGUUUGUUUCUAGGCUUUGCCUCCUUCCCUUCGUUUGUACGUCAGUGUUUUUCCUGGAUGAUAUUUGGCCUCCAGAAUUGAAUGACAAGUUUUGUGGUUAUAACGUUCGAUGUCAUCUAAUAUUUAUUGUUUUUAUUUAUUUAUUUAUUUUCCAUCUUGGCUCUAAGCUGCUGUUUUUUGUUUUUUCUUUUUCAUUCCAAACAAAAAGGAGCAUCUGUUGCUUUAUCAGGCAUGACAAAAAUAAAACUUGGUUGUAAUCACG